UCAGUCCAUCGUUGUCAUGACAACCGUAAACAGAGGAGAAGGAGGUGAGUUGAAGAGGAAGGAGCAGUCCGUUGGUUCACUUUUUAGUUUACAGGAGCAAAGAGAAACGAGUAGUUAAAAAUGUCGGAUGUUGGAUCAGAGGAUUUUGAUGAUGAUCAGGGUUACCUUGGGGAAUAUGAAGGGGACCGAAAUGAAGCUGGAGAGAGACAUGGGGUCGGGAGAGCUGUCCUGCCCAAUGGAGACACUUACCAAGGAAUGUAUGAAAACGGGAAAAGGUCUGGCCAGGGGACAUACCGAUUUAAGAAUGGGGCCAGGUACAUUGGAGAAUAUUACCAGAACCUGAAGCACGGACAGGGUAUCUUCUACUACCCAGAUGGAUCCAAAUAUGAAGGAAGCUGGGUUGAUGACCAGCGCCAGGGCCAUGGCCUCUACACAUACCCCAACCAAGACACGUAUGAAGGAGAGUGGUUACACCAUCAAAGAAAUGGACAGGGUACAUACCACUACAACGACACAGGCUCCAGGUACAUGGGCACGUGGGGGAUGGGCAAGAUGGAGUCAGCAGGAGAAUUCAUCCACCUGAACCACAGAUACCAGGGCAACUUCCUCAACAACAAUCCCUCAGGCCCAGGGAAGUAUGUGUUUGAAGUUGGCUGUGAGCAGCAUGGAGAAUACCUACAGCUGGAUCAGGACAGAGGGGAUGCCGAGGAGGAUGAGGUAGUAACCACCAGGGUCCUGAAGUGGAAGCCCACGGCUGUCACUGGCCUGUCCCUAUGGACCCCAGCCAAAGAUCCAUCCUCGGAGAAAGAAGGACUGGCCUCCGCAGAUGAGAAAGGAGGAGCCAAACCUCCCACUCCAGAGACCUGAGACCUUGCCAGAUUCACAGCCAACAUACAGCAAACACACAUUUCAAUAAUAAAGACGUCACUCUCGUAA